CGGUAGGAUUUACGACAGCAACUGUUUCUGCUGCUUCCUAUAAAGUGCUCCAUAACGACAUCUUCAUUCACAGCCACGGUACGGUGUUGAAAGAUUGGAGAACUAAACAUGGCUGCACUCAUCAGAAGGAUCGUCAACACAACAGCAGCCCCGGCGGCCAUCGGUCCAUACAGUCAGUCGGUGGUCGUGGACAGAACGAUGUACAUCUCGGGUCAGCUGGGGAUGGACGUUGGUUCUGGUCAGCUGGUAGAUGGAGGCGUGCAGGCCCAGACCAAACAGGCUCUCGUCAAUAUGGGGGAGAUCCUCAAAGCUGCUGGCUGUGACUACACCAACGUGGUGAAGACGACUGUACUGCUCGCUGAUAUCAACGACUUCAAUGGCGUCAAUGAGAUCUACAAAACAUUUUUCACAAGUAACUUUCCUGCCAGAGCUGCCUAUCAAGUCGCUGCUCUUCCCAGAGGCGGGCUGGUGGAGAUCGAGGCGGUCGCUGUUCUCGGUCCUCUCUCAGACUCCUGACCAGACGGCCCCAUCACCAACAAGCUGUAGCCCAACCAUGAAGUGCCUUUUGUAGUUGUACAGUGACAGCCUUUAAUGCAUUUCCAAAUAACACAUGAAAGACCAAACUAGGACCUUGUUGACUUUCUUUUUCCAACAUUUCAGGCUUUAGGAUACAUUUGUUUUUCUUCUGGCCGCUGUAACAGCUGACUGUAGUUAUGAAAUACUUUCAUUGGUAUUAGACGGAAAAUGUAGCAAAACUUAAUUCACUAACAAACGAAACUGUAAUGAUAGACAAGGAUUGUAUUUUUAUAACCAGUCUAACAUUUCCUGGUGACCAGAUUCAACUUCCUCUUGGUGCUGUUUCUGGUUUGGUUACUUUCCUGUUUUUUCCAGAGACAUAUUAUAACACAUUUUAAAUGUGCAGCUCUCACUAAUAAAUAAAAAGAAGUACAACCUCC